UGCAUGCUGCGAGCGAUGGACCAAUCUGGAUUGACCGCGCAAGCCCAGGAUCCGAACAAAGGUCAUCACUUCGGCAGAGUCGCUAGCUGUGGUCUGCUCUCGCGCGCUCUGUCUCACUAAGUGACUAACUUAUCUAUUCUCGUGCUUAGUCAUGGGAGGCUAAAAAAGCGCAUCAUGAACAUGAUCGAUCUCUUUUUUUUUUUUUUUUUUUUUUUUCUUUUUUUCGCUUUUUCGGUUUUUGAUUGUAAACUACGGAGUAGAUCCGUGGGAGAGGUUCUCGACAACCGUUGUUCCUUCCCGCAAUUGACGAUGGCUCGCAUUCCACCCAAAGAGUCCUAUGAGGUUCAAGAGUAUUGCUCUUCCAACCGCCGUUGUUCCCGUAGCUUUCAUGCUUGUAGCCAUGCACCCAUUCACCCACCAUGGCUUCCCGCUCUUCAGAGUCUGGACUCAACAAACACCCCAGACAAGACAGACUAUCGGCCGGCUUGUCACCAUUCUUGAUCUCUAUCAGACCUUCUCCAGGGUGAACAGCUCAAGAGACACAGCCCGUCUGGCUGCAGGCAAGGUCACUACGAAUGCUAGUGGUCGGAUUCG